AUCCGAAAACGCAGUACCUGAGAGUCACUGACUGAUGCCGCACUUUUGGCGCCUGGCUGAAGCAAAUAUAUACCUUGGAGCUCCCGAGACAAUGCUCUGCUAACAACUUAUUAUCAUCAUUCUCUACAAUCAUGCAGAUUGGCAAAGAAACAGCAUAAGUGCAUACUGUUCCGCUCGACUGUGCCGAACAAGCUUUCCCUGAUGCUCAGUGGAAGACUGGCAAAAGAGCAAGAUUUCCUUGGACAGGCUUCACUGCGCUCAUGAUGGUGGUCUUCUGCGCAAUUAGCUCUGUCAUCGUUCUGCUUGUCUCAGACGGUCAUAGACAAAAGCAUUGGGCUGAUAAGAUCGGCCCUAAUGUACUUUUGUCUGGGUUCAAUGGUGUUUCGAACAUUUGUUUCGGCAUAGCUAUUGGUAACGGUGUGGCAAUGGAAAGCUCUCAAAGGCGCCACUAUCCAGGAUCUCCACCGCUCGUGGGCAUUUGGCGCCAGCAUCGAAGACGUGGUGCUAUACGGCAAAUACUUCAAUUCAUCGCACUUGCGGCUCUCGCGGCAAAGCUGACGAUCAUCGAUGGCAUACUCCUACAAAAAGCUGCCACUACUGAGGUCGGUCCGGAUCGCGGACAUAACACGAGCAUUAUGGCUGUAUUCAACAGUACAAUGCCUUUUACUGGCUCCUUCCCCAAGAUUGGGAAUACCUACACUCUCGAUGAUGCCGAUUGGUUUUCCUCGGACCUCCUGAGCUGGGCAAACAGCAAUGGAAUUCUCCGGAAAUAGGCAUCGCCAAGGUACUCAAUCACUACUUUUCCGGUUAUUCUCAGAU